UCAAUAAUGCCUCCCUACCCCCACAGAUUGACCAAACCACUGACAUUUACAGCGUGGACACUAUCAUCAUGACGACUCUUUUGAUUGUAUUUGUUUUUAUGAAUCUGGACCUGCUUUUGAAGACGGGACACUGCACAGAAACACGUGACCAAGUUUUAUCAAUCACCCCCACAACACAAGAGGAAGUGGACAUCUUGAAGAAUGUCUCCACCCAUUAUGAGACAGCCUUAUGGCAGCCAGUUUCAAUUCACUACAUUACAGAAGAAACCCAAGUCCAUCUCUUUGUUCCUGCAAACAGCUCUGAGACAGUCAUAAAUCUGCUCCAGAAACAUGGCAUAACCCAUGAGGUACUUCUGGCCAACGCUAAUGAGCUGAUUGAAAUGCAGACAAGGAACGACUCCACUGACCCACGAAGUAGCGCAACCUUCUACGAGAGAUAUCACACUCUAGAAGAUAUCUACGAUUGGAUAAAUAGGACCACACAUGACAACCCUAACACAGUUAAAGUCAUUCUUGUUGGCUCCUCUUAUGAAAAACGACCACUAUAUGCUCUAAAGCUGUCUUUCAACGACAGGCCAGGAAAGAAAGCAAUGUGGAUUGACUGUGGGAUCCACGCCAGAGAGUGGAUCUCUCCUGCUUUCUGCUUAUGGUUCGUGCAGUAUUCACUGGCAUUUUACAAGAAUAAUCAAGACAUAACCAACAUCCUGGACAACAUGGAUGUCUACGUCCUCCCUGUCAUGAACCCAGAUGGAUACAAAUACACAUGGACAACAAACAGGAUGUGGCGCAAGAAUCGUACCCCCAGCAAGAGCCCUAACUGUAUCGGGGCCGAUCUAAACAGAAACUUUGAUGCAAACUGGUGCACUGAGGGAGCCUCUCACGAUCCCUGCACAGAGAUUUACUGCGGGGCAUUCCCAGAGUCUGAACCCGAGUCGGAGGCUGUGGCCAACUUCCUGCGCCGCCACAAGAACUCGAUCCAGCUCUACCUCAGCAUCCACUCCUACUCUCAGAUGCUGCUCUUCCCAUAUUCCUGCAGCCAUGAUGAAGCAGAGAACCACAGUGACUUGCUUGAAAUGGUCCAACAAGCUGCCCAGAAUAUCCGAAGAUACUAUAGAAACGUCUACAAAUAUGGUGCUGGAGCAAGGACGAUUUACUUGGCUCCUGGUGGUUCUGAUGACUGGGCCUACAACCUGGGCAUCAAAUACUCCUUCACUUUUGAGCUCCAGGACCGCGGGCGGUACGGCUUCCUGUUGCCUCCAUCUCAUAUUACUGGUGCCUGCAAUGAGGCUCUAUUGGCUGUGAAGACCAUCGCAAAGAAGGUUAUAGAGAAAACACAAACUCCAGCAAGGUUCCUGCAAACCUCUUGAGGAAUUGGACCUGUAGAUUACAACAUGGGCUCAGUAAUUUUACCAGUUGUGUAUGAAUUAAGCCUUUGAACACAGACUUUGCCACAGACUGAACACAGACUAAGUGUUGGAGAUUUUCUUAAGUGUUAUUUUUACUUUUAAAAGAAUUUAAGUCUGUUUUGAGAGAUUAUUUUGUGUGAAUUUGUAAUAAAACAUUUAAUGAGCCAUACAAUAUCACCUGUUAUGCUGCAUAAUGUCAUGUGAUAUGUCCAAAAAAUAAAUAAAUAAACAAAGUUAA